AUGGAUGGCGAAGAAGAUGGCCGUGGAAUUUUAGCUGAUUUUGGAGGCGAAACAACAACGCUUGUGCCCAAAGUGAUUAAUGGUGGCAUUGCAGGAAUUGUGGGUGUGUCAUGCGUAUUUCCAAUCGAUUUGGUGAAAACACGGCUACAAAACCAGCAGAAGGGAUCCGGUGUUAAUCUUCUUCUCAUCACCCCGGAAAAGGCUAUCAAAUUGGUUGGCAAUGACUUCUUUCGAUAUCACUUGAAGACAGAAGGGUUGCAAGAGGAUAUUGAGUUACCUUCAUAUGAUUCGGCACUAGCUGCUUCCGAAAAUGGAGACCUAUGUUUUCAUGCCGUUCAUGCCCAGAUCUGA